AUGCUGCCGGCCGACACGCCGCUCGCCCCAAUUGCGGCGUUUGUCAAGCGCUCUCUCCGCGACGCCUCAACACGGAGCCGCAACGCCGCCAUCCGCGCCAGCGUUCUCGAGGCCCGUAUACGGCAGGCCGAGCUAAAACUUGCGCGUGAGCGUGCGCGGCAGGUUGUGCUGGACCUCGGCAGCUGCUGCGUCGCGUGCGGGAAGAAGCUGCGCCCGGACGUCGUCUUUGCGCGGUUUCCAAACGGUGUCGUGGUGCACCAGGCGUGCAUGGAGGACGAGCACAUUUGCCCCGUCACUUACAAGGACUUUCGCCUCGGUAUCGAGCCCGUCGCCCGGGACGUAUUUUGA